CAGUGUCUCCAGGGCGGAGGCUGGCGUCGCCCCACCUCCCUCCCGCCGGCAGGGCUCCUAGGGCGCUCCACCGGGCCGGGCAUUGAGCGCCGCGAUGUGGGCCGCGCUGUCGCUGCUCUGCGCCGGGGCAUGGCUGCUGAGUGCCCGGGCCACCACCGAGCUGACCGUGAACGCCAUAGAAAAGUUUCACUUUAAGUCAUGGAUGACACAGCACCAAAAGACGUACAGCUCAGUGGAGUACAACUACAGACUGCAUACUUUUGCCAACAACUGGAGGAAGAUACAAGCCCACAACCAGAAGAAUCACACAUUUAAAAUGGGAUUGAACCAGUUUUCAGACAUGAGCUUUGCUGAAAUAAAACGCAAAUAUCUCUGGUCAGAGCCUCAGAAUUGUUCAGCCACCAAAGGUAACUACCUCCGUGGUACUGGCCCCUACCCCUCCUCCAUGGACUGGCGGAAGAAAGGAAACUUUGUCUCAGCAGUGAAAAAUCAGGGGUCCUGUGGCAGCUGCUGGACCUUCUCCACCACGGGGGCCCUGGAGUCUGCUGUGGCUAUCGCCACCGGGAAGAUGCUGUCUUUGGCUGAGCAGCAGCUGGUGGACUGUGCCCAGAACUUCAACAAUCAUGGCUGCCAAGGAGGUCUCCCCAGCCAGGCCUUCGAGUACAUCCUGUACAACAAGGGCAUCAUGGGAGAAGACACCUAUCCUUACAGAGGCAAGGAUGGUCACUGCAAGUUCAACCCCAAAAAAGCCAUCGCAUUUGUCAAGGAUGUCGCCAACAUCACACUCAAUGACGAGAAGGCAAUGGUGGAAGCUGUGGCACUCCACAACCCUGUGAGCUUUGCCUUUGAGGUGACUGAAGAUUUUACGCUGUAUCGAAAGGGCAUUUACUCCAGCACUACCUGUCAUCAAACUCCAGAUAAGGUCAACCAUGCAGUCCUGGCUGUUGGCUAUGGAGAGCAGGAUGGAGUACUCUACUGGAUCGUGAAAAACUCUUGGGGUACCCAGUGGGGAGAUAAAGGGUACUUUCUCAUUGAGCGUGGGAAGAACAUGUGUGGCCUGGCUGCCUGUGCCUCCUACCCCAUCCCUCAGGUAUAAGCCAACGCUGCAAAGGCAACUGGUUGGCAGACAAAGUGAGGAGCCAGCCAGCCCUUCUAUGGAAAUCCUGCCCAGGAGGCAAUUGUGGGGAAAUCCACCCAGGGGCCCCCUCAGUCCUGCACGGAACCCAGAAGCCUAAAGACUUUUAAGUGAGAAAGAAGAACUUCACCAGCAACGAGUCCAUCCACGUGGCAGCCAUCACCAGCCAUGUGCCUUAAAUGUGGUUUUGAACGGACUCAAACCCACAUGGACUAGAAUCUUCUCUUUCCAGCUUCCUUCAUGUAGAGAGAGCUCCAGUGACGAUCUUGUCUGUGUUGUGUAUUAAAUAAAGACACGGUGAACACUG